UUCAUAACAAAUCGUCGCCGGGUGCAUUUUUCCGCUCAAAAACAGGAGAAAUAAUGGCCAACAGCAGACUAGAAAAGAUCGGGACCAUCAUCACGAGAACGCAAGGUCUGCUGAGGUCCGGUGCGAUGAAAUUCGAUGAGCGGCCUCUGUGGUACGAUGUGGUGACGGCCUUCCCGCCUAAGGAGGAACCACGUUUCGAUCGUCCCGCACCUCGAGUGGAUGUCCGGCCAAUAUUUUAUCAAGAGGACACAAUCCGGGCGAAAUUCCACAAAACCAGCAAAGCCACUUAUGCAGUUAACUUGACGGACUUUAAGAAUCGUACGGCAAGUCAGCAAUUUAUCGACAUAUAUCGGGACCUCUCCACCCAGGGAGCAUUGGAUGAACAGAAAGUGUUCGAAACGGCCGUCGAUUUGCUGGAAGACAAAAUGCGCCAGCAACGAGAAAAACGAGCGGCGACAGCGGAUGUCGCGGAGGAAUCCGUGAAGACGCCGAAUGUUAAAGAAGAUGUGGGGAAAACAGUGAAAUUACAAGACAUUUUCAGCGAAUGAAACUGUGCCAGGUGCUCGUAUAGUCGUAAAAUAUAAAAAUCCAGAUU